GGGCUUCUCGCUGGGGCUGCUGCCUCCCGCGCUCCGUAGCUCUUCUGCUGGCGUAGGCGAUUUCUCUCUACCUCCAAACGGCUGGACAUUUGUCUCUUUGGAUUCUAAAAUAAUGUCAUCAUGGCAAGAUUUCGAAGAAGAACAUGCAUCAUUUUGUCACUUUUUGUUUUAUUUAUUUGCUCCCUGAUGAUGGCUUUGAAAACUCUGAGACCUGAUAGAGCUGUUUUUGGGGAUCCAUUUGGACUUGAUCUUCUACCAGAACUUCGCCAACGCAAAGUACACUUGGAAACUAAGCCUGACAUGCCAAAUAGUGCCAGGGAUGAUAGUAUAACAAACAGCAAGAAUAUAAAGAGUGUUGCUGCCAGUAGCCUAAAAUUUCCUGUGGUGCCUGAGAUAAACAUGGAAAAGCUUCCAUCCCCUAAUUAUAAUUUUCAUGUAUUUUACUAUAGUUGGUAUGGAAAUCCACAAUUUGAUGGUAAAUAUUUACAUUGGAACCAUCCCAUCUUACCACACUGGGAUCCCAAAAUUGCUAAAAAUUAUCCAGAGGGCGACCACAUUCCUCCAGAUGACAUUGGGUCCAACUUUUACCCUGAGUUGGGAACUUACAGCUCCAGAGACCCUUACAUCAUAGAAACUCAUAUGAAGCAAAUGCGCUCAGCUUCAAUUGGUGUGGUAGCCUUGUCAUGGUACCCACGUGGUUCAGCUGAUAAUAAUGGGGAAUCUACAGAUGAGUUGGUGCCUGCUAUUUUGGAUAAUGCUCAUAAAUAUAAUCUAAAGGUUACUUUCCACAUUGAACCAUAUAAAAAUCGAGAUGAUCACAGUAUGCACAAAAGUAUCAAGUACAUUAUAGACAAAUAUGGAAGCCAUCCGGCUUUUUACAGGUAUAAGACCAACAGUGGCAGAGUCUUGCCCAUGUUUUAUGUGUAUGAUUCUUAUUUCACGAAGCCAGAAACCUGGGCCAAUCUUCUAACUGCCUCAGGGCCCCUGAGUAUUCGUAACACUCCCUAUGAUGGAUUGUUUAUUGCUCUUCUUGUAGAAGAAAGACACAAACAGGAAAUCCAGAGAAGUGGUUUUGAUGGAAUUUACACAUACUUUGCCACAAAUGGCUUCUCUUAUGGCUCAUCACAUCACAACUGGGCAGAUCUAAAAGCCUUUUGUGACAGCAACAGCUUACUGUUUAUCCCGAGUGUGGGGCCAGGAUACAUAGACACCAAAGUCCGACCCUGGAACAACCACAACACUCGGAACCGAGUCAAUGGGAAGUACUUUGAAACUGCUUUCAGUGCUGCUUUUCAAGUGCAUCCUGAUGUUAUUUCCAUCACCUCCUUUAAUGAGUGGCACGAAGGAACUCAGAUUGAAAAAGCAGUUCCCAAGAAAACUGAACGCAUAGUAUACCUUGAUUACCAGCCUCACAAACCAGGUAUUUAUCUGGAACUCACUCGUAAAUGGUCCGAAAAAUACAGUAAGGAAAAGGAACAGUGGCUUGCGUGAAAUGAAUCCACUAGCCGUUUUAACAUACUUAGUCCAAAGUGUAGUCAUAAUAAAAACAGUCCAACAUAUCAGAUUAUGCACAAUAUUUUGUCAGGUCUACAGAACAAAUCUUUAAGUCAACAUGCAUUAUUCUUGUAUCUUUAUUAGAAUGAAUAUUGACUUUUGUAAAAGGUUGAAAUAGCAAUAUUGUUACUGUCAACUUCUUGGAGGUUGUAUUUUGAAAGUAUUUGAGAAAAAAAGCUGUGCAAUUUUUUAUAUUCUGUAAAUUAGAUUUAACUAACCUAAGAUAAUUUGUGAAACACUUAUGUACAAUAUUAGCAUAGUUUGUAUCAUUUAGGUCUGAAAAUGAAAUUUAGCUUUUAUGACAGUUUAAUUUUUAUUUUAUAGCCCAUUGUGCAGAAAGUAAUUAGCAUCUAAUUAGAGGCUACUUACUUCCUGGACACAGAAACCAGUUUUGGUUUGUCUGUGGUAGAAAUCACUGUGGUAGAAAAAAGCAAGGUACUAUAAAAGAAUUGUUAAUGUAUGUGUUUCCUUUUUCAGUUUUGAAAGCCAUUUCCCUCCAGUCACUCGGCUGGCUAACUUCAUUCCUUCUUAAGAAUUGAGGCUAUUGGUUACUGGAACCAAAAAUAGCAAAAACAUUUCUAUAAGAUACAACAUACACAUAAUCUGUUCCAUAAGUUAGCAUUACUAAAUCAUUGUUAAAGAUAAAGGGCCCUUUCUGCAUAGCUCGAUGUAUAUUGUCAUUUUGCCAUUUUCUAAGUACCUAUGCUAUACUGUAUGCUAUGCAAGUCGUAAAUGCCUUCUCUGUGGCAGAAAAGGUUUUAUUUGGGGUCUUUAAUAUCCUGAAUUUUAGAUAUAAAAUGAUUAGUAAAAUACCAUAUAUAAGUUUAUCUCUGUCAUAUAUACAUCUAUAUGUAUAGAUAUGCAUGUAGAUGUGUUUUUUAAAGCGGUGCAAAUAGUACCAAAAAAUCAUUUUUUUCCUAGACUGUGGUAUCUAUCAUGUUUUAUUAUUCUUGUUCCUUAGGGAUUGAAUUCAGCAUUGAGAUUUUAAAUUAGUCUGAAUGUAAGACUUCUUUUUUUCCCACAUAUCUAAUUCAUGUAAAACUUGAGUACAGCCUGUAGUCAGCAUUUAUGUAUAUAUUAUUUUAUUUUCAACUCUAAUUUUAAAGGCACAGUCCAUUUUAGGAAAUGGCCUAUAUACAGAUUGAUAUGAUACUGUAUAAAAUUAUUUAAAUGUACAUAGAAAAAACUGAGUAAAGAAUUUGGAUUAAUUUUAUUUUGACAAUUUUACUUUUACCCAAGUUUAGUUUUAUUGUGGUAAGAACAAGAAUAGUGUUAAUCCUUUUAAUAUAUAGAAAUAUAUCUGCAACUUAGUACUUGGCACUUUCAUAGCACCUUUAAUCUGAGAAUUAAAACACUUAAAUAUU